CUUGUUGAUGGGCAAAACAUGACUCUCAUGGUGUUGCACCCCGCAUGCAAUGCGGGUUCCGUACCUGAUCAUCUCGAGGGCUGUUGAAGAACCCGACUGGAUGCGCUAGUACGCAGGUUGUCAAUAUAUGAACAUGUCCGAUCCGAAGCUUCUCGCCUUUUGGGGUGGAUCCCGUGGAAACCCUUUUUGGCCCAGGUCAAUCCACGAGAGAGGCAGAUAUCAGACUAGCUUUUGCUGAAAAAAUCAACGUCUCCUCCUUUCGAUCGUUUUCACAUCGUCUGCGCACCAUGGGAAUCCCCGAUCGCGCUCCCCAAAUUCGGGGUGUCGUGAUAUUCGCCUGCAUCCUGGGCGCGAUUUCCAUGAUCUUGCGUAUCUACGCUCGUCAUUACCUGGCGCGAACGUGGAAAAUCGAGGAUUGGUUGAUGCUCGGUGCUACUGUAACUUUCCUCAUGAACAUCACGACCUGCUUGAUUGGACUGCAUUAUGGAACGGGUCGUCACAUGUCAGAUCUGACGCCUCACAAUAUCGAAAUGGCCAUGAUGAACUGGUGGCUUUGCUAUCCGUCCUAUGCUCUUACUAUGAUUCUUUCCAAAUUCUCCAUCGGCAUAUUCCUAAAUCGCAUUACUCCAAAUCGGAUGCAUCACUGGAUCAUGUACGUCGCUAUGUUCCUCACUGCUCUGACUGGGGUUGCGUUCUUCUUCAUCGCCAUUCUUCAAUGUAAUCCUGUUAACUACUGGUGGAAACAAAUAUACCCAGAUGUGAAAGGGCACUGUAUCACGAUUCAUGCAAUCAUGAACAUAACCUACGCUUACAGCGCUGUCUCUAUCCUGACAGACUUCACAUUUGCGUUUCUUCCAAUCCACAUUGUCAUGGGUCUACAAAUGGAUAGGAAGUCGAAGCUGAUGCUGGUCCCUAUCUUCGCCUUGGCUACACUUGCUUCCAUUGCAUGCGCCAUCCGCUUGGCAUAUCUACCAAAAUUUGCGAAGGGAGACUUUCUCUGGAACACCUCGGAUAUCGUCAUUUGGUCCGAACUCGAACAAGGCCUUGCUGUUACAGCCGGCAACUUAGCUACACUUCGCCCGUUGUUCAGCCUCUUCCUCGACAAGCUCAACGCCUGGACCGGCGGAUCCAUCUCUCGCACCUUUGGAGGUAGCAAGACCGGUGGAACAAGGUUGUCGCAUAGAAUCCAACUCACUCCCCAAAGCAGCAGUCGUGACCUCUUCAGGAAAAGAUCGUUCUCUCGAGACAUCGAGGUUCAGACAAACGUCGACGUGCAUCGCGAAAAGACAACCGCGGCUGACGUGAACUCGCCAACGUCGCCGAAGAGGGGGUAUCAGGAAGCUUGGCUCGAAGGUCCGUUCCCAAGCAGAGGGGGCUCUGAGGAGGUUUAUUAUGUCAAGUCGCCUGCUGUUGCCUCGUACAAUGCUGUCUAGUAGUUGGCUUUUUUGUAAUACAAGGCGUGUAUCCACUGC